UAAGAGAAGGGGAGGUGUUCAUCAGCUGGGGCAGACUGUAUAUAAACUGUGGUGAGCUGAACCAUCCGACAACUGCGCCAGAGCAUCGUUUGUGUUCCUGUCACCGCCAAAAAGACUUCAAGUUUUUCGAAGGAAUUUGCUAAAGAUAUCACAAGGCCACCUCUAUCAUGGAUAUAAUCAUCAAGAUGUCCCACACCCUGAGGGUGCAACCACAGGACACAGUGGGCUCUCUGAAAAUCCGCAUCCAGAAGGAACUAGGAGUUCAAUGUGAGAACCAGAGGCUGAGCACUCCUCUCACCGACGACUCCAUGUCCCUCAGCUCCUACGGUUUGCACUCUGGCGCCAUGGUGUCCCUGCUGGUGACCCAGCCGGCCAUCCAACCGGUGACCCAGCCGGCCACCCAGCCGGUGACCCAGCCGGCCACCAUCCAGGUGUUCCUCAGAAACGAAAAGGCGAAGAUGAGCACAUACGACAUCAAACCCGACGAGACGGUGAGCAACUUCAGGAGCAGGGUCGAGUCCAGAGAGGGGAUCACGGUGGACCAGCAGAGGCUCAUUCACCAAGGCAGAGACAUGAAUCAGGGGAAACUUUCAGACUACAACGUCCGCUCGCUGAGUACCAUCGACCUGAUGCUCCGCCUGAGAGGAGACUGAGGACACUUCUGCUUUAAUCUAGAAAGUUCUGUACUUUCCUUUUUUUUAUCCUAAUGAAAAACACGUAGCCUCAAGUGUCGUAUGUCUUUUAUUUGUUUCUAUUUUAAUUGUAAAAAAUCAAGACAUUCCUCGAGGUGUAAUUGUGCCAUAUCUUAAAAAACUUGUUUAGGCUUUAUUCAGUAUUUGUUUUUUCCAGUAAAAUAUGUUAUACACACAACAAAGCAUAUUAUAAUCUUAUUUUCACACGUUUUAAUCAGGUAACGUUAUUUGUACACUGUUAAAAAUAUAAUAAAGUUCUAAAUGUAAA